AGCGGCCGUCGCUAAAAAUAGACGCGGCUCGUGAGUAUAGGUGUGUGUAGGUGCGCGCGCGGUAUGCAUUUAAACAUAGUUUUGGCAGGCAGAAACGUCAAACCGCCGCGGAGUGGCGAAGCGUGAGGAUCGCUUCGCGAAGUUCGCACGGAGAUUCUCGCCAGACGAUAGACGAGCACGAGAACCGUCACCGGCCGUCGUCGCGCGAAAAAAUUUCUUCCCUUUUCCUUUAGAGUUCCUCCAGCAGCAAUCUCGGUUCAUUGAAAUUCGGCCUUUGACGCUAGAGGCUAGCGUCAAGAGAGCUUUUCAUAGACGGAGGGCGAGAUGAUAUGAAAAAAGGUGCAUCGCGGCGAGGUACGACGAGGAGAAUCGGAAUCGGCGAACCGGCGAACCGGCGGCGAUGCAACCGGCGGCAGCGGUGCUGCGGGCGGCCGACGACGAGUCGUGCGCGACCGGCGACGUUCAGCGGGAAGAGUAAAGAACCUAGAAGACAGAAUCGUGUUUCUCCGUGUGUAUGUGUUGUGAUGUCAGCGGGUAAUAAAAGCGCGGACGAGCUUGUGAACGAUGCGCUGUUGGAGAAGCUUCGAACUUACGCGGCUAAACCGCAGGAAGCGGCCGACGCGCUCAGGGCGAUCGCGGCCAAGAUUCACGCACGUGUCACCUCGUCAGAUCGACGGAUACGCGAGCGCACGUUGGAGAAGCUCUGGCGCAAGAAUUCCGGUACGAUGGAAUUGUUUAUUAUGACCCUGGAGAACUGCAAGGAUCACGUUGCUAACUGCAGUAUCAUCGGCAUCCUGCACGAAUGUAUAUCGCCUCGAGUGACCAGAUGCAAAUCCAAGGAAAGAGGGAGCAAGAAUAAAAGUGCCACAAGAACCAGUAGCCGAAUGGCGGUCAUUCAACUCAUCAACUUAGGUAUCACGCAAGUCCUAGUUAAACUUUUAAUAAAUCUACAACACGCAGACACUAUUACGAGCGAAGUACUCACUCAAGACAUCCUCUGGAUUUUGGGACAGGUGGCUCCGAGGGACCAGAAGUUUGUGUCAAAAAUGAAACUGCUCAAUUCCGUAAAAGUGUUCCAUGCGCUGUUAAAACAGCAUUACAACAACAGCAAGAUGUUAUUGCCGCUGUUGUUGAUCAUUAAAACUCUCACUAAAAACUCUUUUUCUUUGCAAACCCUAGUAAAGGACGGCAUCACUGGUACUUUGGAAAAAACGUUUGUCAGUGUGGGUUAUACCCCACACUUGAAAUUGAGGACACUAUUGGAGUGUUUCAAACAUUUAACGACCAAUAAAUUAUGUUGUAACAAAUUCGUUAAGGCGGGAAUGGUACACUUGCUGAUGCGAAUCUUCGAGAGGUGGGAAAGAUUCGAUGGGCAGAUACGCUUGAAGAUUUGUAAUUACGCUCUGAAUACACUUCAGCAUCUCUGCGUAAUAAAAGCUGGAAGAAAAGCUAUCAAGUCGAACAAUGGCUUACAGCUACUGUACCGGUUCUGCAUGAGCUGUCCAGAGGACAAAGCUUAUGACUGCCUGCUGUCGCGUAUUUGCGGAAUAAUCAAUCAGUGUCUGGAGAAGAAGGAAUUACCGGUGCCCGAAAUAUCGCCCGCGAGAUUUGUUCUGCCCGAAGUGAGUGUUAACAGAACGAACAGUGCGGAAAGCGGUAGCGACAUCGACAGCCAGGCGAACAGCGUGGCUUCUAUCGGUAGACUGUACAGCGAUCUCGAUUCUGGAGACGACGAGGAGAGCCACGACUCCAGAGAUACAAUGGACAAUGAGAUUCACGGGGGCGACGAGGUGGAUGAGAACAAAUUUUUCGCCGGAGUUUUUACGUCGCAAAGAUCCGAGGAAGAUCUCGCUGGAUACCAUACGUAUUUUAAGGAAUUGGGAAAUCUGCGAUCGCAGCUACAAAUCAUUGGCUCGUCGAACGUCAAACUAAUCGAUCUUUGUUUGAUGGAGGACGAUCAGAUAAACUCACCGCUCGCAAAGGCGGGAAAGACGAAGACCUCGACGAAGGACUUCUCGAGAUCUAACGGUACGUCGAAAAGUCAAUUGGUGAACGGCGGCACUAACAAUUUGAAGGUCCUAAAAGACUUGUCGGCGAACGGGACGGAUCAGCACGCGUAUUGCACUGUGGCGAGCAGGGUGAGGAGUGUUAUCGGUUUCGUCAAGGUCGCCUAUCCGGACCUGAUCGGCGGCGACGGUCUGGGGAAAGCCGAGCCGCUCAACACGAAGGACAGGAAGGUUUGUCGCGCAAAACUACUUACCUGCGUGGAACGCAGCCUCCACACUGUCGCCACCAUCCAGGAAGUCGUUUAUGACCUUGAUGCACUCGCGAAUUCUACCUCCCGGGGAACGCCGGGCGUCGAUCACGUGUUUGGCAAUUGGGACGAGAAGAGGAUCGGCAAACGCAAUUUGGAUACAAAACGAUUGCAAUUCGAAUCGAGAUUCGAAAGCGGCAAUCUGAGAAAAGCCAUUCAGAUAGGUUCACGAGAAUACGACCUUAUUCUAACCCCGGACGUCAACAGCGGUUCCAGACAUCAAUGGUUCUACUUUGAGGUUUCCAGCAUGGAGGCGAGCGUACCAUACACGUUCAAUAUAAUUAACUGCGAGAAGACAAACUCACAGUUCAAUUUCGGCAUGAAGCCAAUACUGUUCAGCGUCAUGGAGGCGCAAUGUGGUAGACCAGGCUGGGUGAGAACCGGCGUCGACAUUUGUUACUAUCGAAAUUGUUAUCAGCGGUCUACCAAGGGUAAAACGUACUUCACGACGUCCUUCACGGUCACGUUUCCGCACGCCUACGACGUUUGUUAUCUGGCGUAUCAUUUUCCGUAUACGUAUAGUCGGCUGAUGACCAACAUUUGGCAGUGGACAAAGAGAGUCUCCGCAGCGAACGUGUACUUUCGCGCGGAGACGCUCUGCGAGACUUUAAACGGCAAUGAGAAUCCUGUGCUCACCAUUACGUCACCAGAUUCCAAGACUAAUCCUAUACAUACGCGAAAGAUGAUCUUCUUAACAUCGAGAGUACAUCCCGGUGAAAGCAACGCUUCUUGGGUGAUGCAUGGAACUAUGGAGGCUCUUCUAAGUGACAGCCAGGAUGCCAGCAGUUUACGUGACGAUUAUGUGUUCAAAAUAAUUCCUAUGCUAAACAUAGAAGGAGUCGUAAACGGAUGCAAUAGAUACGGUCUGACGAACGAGGACCUGAACCGACGCUGGAGCAGUCCCAAUCGGAUAUAUCAUCCGGUCAUCUAUCACGCCAAGGGCCUGAUGGAAUAUUGCGCCAGGGUGUUGCAGAGACCGCCCCACGUUUUCGUCGACUACCACGGCCAUUCGCGAAGGAAGAACGUGUUUCUGUUCGGUUGUUCAAGGUCGGGUUCCUGGAGCGCCGCGGACAGGGCGAAACCGGACCAGCCGGUGCAGUAUUUGAUGUUACCGCACCUUAUGCAGAGGACUUCGCCGGCUUUUGCUCUGCCGCUCUGUUCCUUCAAGGUCGAGAGGAACAAGGAAUCCACCGCCAGGGUCGCUGUAUGGCGGCAGUUGGGUGUUCCGAGAAGUUACACGAUGGAAAGCAGUUUUUGUGGAUGCGAUCAAGGCAUAUUGGCGGGGUUACAUUUCGACACAGAACACCUCAAAGCCAUUGGGAGAGAUUUCUGCCAAGCUUUAUCUAUGAUGAAGGACGGCGGUGACGAUUGGACUAUUGGGAAAUCAACAGAGCAAGCCUGUUGCCCGAGAAUGUGUGUUUUAAGAAAGUCACGGAAGAUACCGAAAUGUAUUCAAGAUAAACACGCUAUACAUCAUACCACGGCACUUUCUUAGCAAACGAGAUAAUUAAACAAUUGUAUUAUAAGGCAAGAUUUGUGUGUGACUGUCCGUGUGCGCGUAUAAUACUAAUUUAACGCUUUCGCUAACUUGUUGUAUGUAACAUUGUUAAUGUAUGUUACCCUUUUCCCCCGUUAUUGAUCAACCUAACAUGUUUUUGUAAACUAAUGAUAAUGGCCAGUAAGUGAAAAGAGCUAUCAGUUGAUUUAUUCAUCUAUUACUCUUUAAGUUAAUCGACAGUUGGCUUAUCAAUUCAAUAUGUUCGUUAUUAAUUGCGCUUGUUACUUCUUUUAGAAUUUCUAUGGAGAAAAAUAUUCUCGCGGAAUCAGGAUGUAUGGACGACGACGUAUCUUCCAGUAGUGAAUCCAAUGAUUCCGAUUUCGAGACUUAGGGGACUGCACCUUUUAGUCAAGUAUCGAAGCAGCUAUUUCAACAAUAAAAUUCAUUACGAACGUUUACUCUCCUGCACUUUUAAAUUUUAAAUUCAACACAAAGUACACAAAUUAUUUCAAUUCUGAAUAAAAUGACGUAGUGCAAAGAAAUACUCGACACUUUGCAAAGAGAGAUACACGGAACAAUAUUUAUUUAAACACUGGUAACAAACAUUUAAAGCUAUUCUCUAUGAAAAUACUAUUUACAUUUCGUAAAGUCUAUUUGUACAUAUGUAUGUAUCUCGGAAGUCAAUAUUUCGCAAAUCAAGUUCCAUGGUAAACGAGAUUAUGUUUGCUAUAGAUUUAAUACGUGAGAGCAGCUACUUAAGUUAAUAUGGCCGCGUACAGUUAUUUAGCUCCAAAAUAAAAAGUUGGAAAUAUGUCACGAAAUCAUCUAUUAGCGGUGAUAAAACAAUGGCACCUAGAGAACUUAACAUUUUUGAAAAAUUUCAAUCAUCUGUAAAAGAAAGGUUUAGAUAAUACCAAAAAUAAAAGGGAGCUGUGUCAUUCCCUAAUACGGUACCUCGCUCUAUACUUUGUACACAUUAUACGAUUAUAUAAAUAUAGGAAAUAAAUGUUAACGAGUUGUGA